CAGAGCUGUGCACGCUGGACUGUGGCAGCCACGGUGUCUGUUCAAGAGGGAUAUGCCAGUGUGAAGAGGGCUGGGUGGGACCGACCUGUGAAGAACGUACCUGCCACUCUCACUGUGCUGAACACGGCCAGUGCAAGGACGGGAAGUGUGAGUGCAGCCCUGGAUGGGAAGGGGACCACUGCACCAUUGAUGGCUGCCCAGGUCUCUGUUACGGAAACGGGAGGUGCACUCUUGAUCAGAAUGGGUGGCACUGUGUUUGUCAAGUGGGCUGGAGUGGCUCAGGAUGUAAUGUUGUCAUGGAAAUGGUGUGUGGAGAUAAUCUGGACAAUGAUGGAGAUGGCUUGACAGACUGUGUAGACCCUGACUGUUGUCAGCAAAGCAAUUGUUACGCAAGUCCUCUCUGCCAGGGUUCGCCUGAUCCCCUUGACCUUAUUCAGCACAGCCAGCCGCCUUUCUCUCAGCAUCCUCCGAGGCUUUUUUAUGAUCGGAUCAGAUUCCUUAUUGGGAAAGAAAGCACUCAUGUAAUCCCAGGAGAUGUCUCAUUUGAGAGCAGACGGGCAUGUGUCAUUCGAGGCCAGGUGGUAGCAAUAGAUGGAACACCUUUGGUUGGAGUGAACGUCAGUUUUCUGCACCACAAUGAGUAUGGAUACACCAUCAGUCGACAGGAUGGAAGUUUUGACCUUGUGGCUGUUGGAGGCAUCUCUGUCACUCUAGUUUUUGACAGAUCUCCUUUCAUAUCUGAAAAAAGGACACUUUGGUUGCCUUGGAAUAGAUUUAUCAUCGUAGACAAAGUUGUAAUGCAAAGAACGGAGUCGGACACACCAUCUUGUGACAUCAGUGGUUUUAUCAGCCCAAAUCCAAUUGUACUCCCUUCACCCUUGACAGCAUUUGGAGGGUCCUGUCCCGAAAGAGGAACCGUUAUUCCAGAGCUACAGGUGGUCCAAGAGGAAAUCCCAAUUCCGUCGAGUUUUGUAAAGCUGAGUUAUCUCAGCAGUCGAACACCAGGGUAUAAAACUUUGCUGCGCAUUAUUUUGACACACACAACCAUCCCUUCUGGAAUGACAAAAGUCCAUCUGAUAGUUGCUGUUGAAGGACGUCUGCUUCAGAAAUGGUUUCCUGCUGCAGCCAAUUUGGUGUACACGUUUGCCUGGAAUAAGACAGAUAUAUAUGGGCAGAAGGUUUCUGGUCUGGCCGAGGCGAUGGUGUCGGUGGGAUAUGAAUAUGAAACAUGUCCUGAUUUUAUUCUGUGGGAGAAGAGAACAGUAAUCCUUCAAGGCUUUGAAAUGGAUGCUUCAAAUCUGGGAGGCUGGUCUAUAAACAAACACCAUGUAUUAAAUCCACAAAGUGGUAUUGUACACAAAGGAAAUGGUGAAAACAUGUUCAUUUCCCAGCAGCCACCAGUCAUCUCCACUGUGAUGGGCAACGGGCACCAGAGAAGUGUCUCUUGCUCCAACUGCAACGGUCUUGCACUCAACAGCAAACUCUUUGCCCCGGUUGCUCUUGCUUCUGGGCCUGAUGGUAGCGUGUAUAUCGGUGACUUCAAUUUUGUCAGGCGGAUCUUUCCCUCUGGAAACUCGAUUGGCAUAUUAGAAUUAAGGAAUAGAGACACAAGACACAGUACAAGCCCUGCACAUAAAUAUUACUUGGCUGUUGAUCCAGUGUCAGAAUCCCUUUACUUGUCAGAUACCAACACCAGAAAAGUCUACAAAGCAAAAUCCCUCAUUGAAACAAAGGAUCUGGCGAAAAACGCAGAUGUGGUGGCAGGAACAGGUGACCAGUGCCUUCCAUUUGACCAGAGUCACUGUGGAGAUGGCGGAAAGGCGUCCGAGGCUUCUCUCAACAGUCCAAGAGGUAUCACUGUAGAUAAGCACGGAUUUAUUUACUUCGUUGAUGGUACCAUGAUUCGCAAAAUUGAUGAGAAUGGUGUGAUCACAACAAUAAUAGGUUCAAACGGCCUCACAUCAACCCAGCCGUUGAGCUGUGACUCUGGAAUGGACAUCACUCAGGUGCGAUUAGAGUGGCCAACAGACCUCACAGUGAACCCUCUAGACAAUUCACUGUACGUUCUGGACAACAACAUUGUCCUGCAGAUCUCUGAGAACAGGCGUGUGCGAAUCAUUGCGGGGCGCCCCAUUCACUGCCAGGUGCCAGGCAUCGACCACUUCAUCGUCAGCAAGGUGGCCAUCCAUUCGACCCUGGAGUCAGCCAGGGCGAUCGCCGUGUCUCACAGCGGCAUACUCUACAUUGCAGAGACAGAUGAAAGAAAGAUCAACCGUAUACAACAGGUCACAACCAACGGUGAGAUCUCUAUAAUCGCUGGAGCCCCAUCAGAUUGUGACUGCAAGAUUGAUCCUAAUUGUGACUGCUUUUCAGGUGAUGGUGGAUAUGCCAAAGAUGCGAAGCUGAAAGCCCCCUCUUCUCUAGCAGUCUCUCCUGAUGACACGCUGUACGUAGCAGACCUUGGGAAUGUUCGCAUCCGUGCAGUCAGCCGAAACAAGGCUCACCUCAGUGACACGAAUAUGUAUGAGAUUGCAUCACCAGCGGACCAAGAACUGUAUCAGUUCACCAUCAACGGCACCCACCUGCACACGCUGAACCUCAUAACGAGGGACUACAUUUACAAUUUCACCUACAGCGGGGAAGGGGAUAUUGGCACCAUCACCAGCAGCAAUGGGAAUUCAGUUCACAUCCGCAGAGACACGAGUGGGCUGCCCCUGUGGGUCGUGGUGCCGGGGGGCCAGGUGUACUGGCUGACAAUAAGCAGCAAUGGGGUUCUGAAAAGAGUUUAUGCCCAAGGCUACAACCUGGCUCUGAUGACAUAUCCUGGAAACACGGGGCUUUUAGCAACCAAAAGCGAUGAGAAUGGAUGGACAACGGUGUAUGAGUAUGACUCCGAUGGCCAUCUGACCAACGCGACCUUCCCGACCGGGGAAGUCAGCAGUUUCCACAGCGAUGUUGAAAAACUGACACGGGUGGAACUUGAUACUUCAAACAGAGAGAAUGUGGUCACAGCCACAAACUUCUCAGCUACCUCUACAAUAUAUACUUUAAAACAAG